CGGGCCGUAAAAGCAUAUAGCUGAUAUUUUCACAAUAAAACACUGACAAACUAAAGGUUUAGUUAUUUAAAAAACCGGGUGCACACAGGGUUCAUCUCGACCACGCAGAAUAUCUGAUAUGUUUGUCCUCCCCUUUAAGCAGAGUUGAAUAUUUCACAAUAAAACCGGUUUCUACACUCUGACAAAGCAAUGGAUGCAUUUCAAUGGGGCUCAUCGUUAUUUUCCCAUUUACUUUUCACUCAAAAAAAAUUAAUGUGAAAAUCAGAUGAAAAAAAUAAAGAGGCUAAACGAAUCCACGCUUCACUUUUGAAACGUAAUUUAUAUUUUCACAAUAAAACAGGUUUUGCUGAAAGAGAAGAACCUCCAGAGAGUUUUCAGCUGAACUGCAUUUUAAUAACGUCAUAAAAAGCUACCGGCUAACGUUAGCUAGCUCCCCUGCAGAUUCAUAAUGUCAGGAGAUAACGAGGGUGCAUCUCAUAGUGAGUGUCCUGCAUCACAGAAACACUUCCUGUCGUCCCAAAGACGCCACAAGUCUCCGACCCUCACAUCUUUACUCCCUGAAUUGUUUCUUAGAUAUUGCGUUCAGGCUUCAUUACACAAUGCAGGUGUUAUUACACAAUGCAGGUGUUAUUACAGGUGUUAUUACACAAUGCAGGUGUUAUUACACAAUGCAGGUGUUAUUACAGGUGUUAUUACACAAUGCAGGUGUUAUUACACAAUGCAGGUGUUAUUACAGGUGUUAUUACACAAUGCAGGUGUUAUUACACAAUGCAGGUGUUAUUACACAAUGCAGGUGUUAUUACACAAUGCAGGUGUUAUUACAGGUGUUAUUACACAAUGCAGGUGUUAUUACACAAUGCAGGUGUUAUUACAGGUGUUAUUACACAAUGCAGGUGUUAUUACACAAUGCAGGUGUUAUUACAGGUGUUAUUACACAAUGCAGGUGUUAUUACACAAUGCAGGUGUUAUUACAGGUGUUAUUACACAAUGCAGGUGUUAUUACACAAUGCAGGUGUUAUUACACAAUGCAGGUGUUAUUGCAGGUGUUAUUACACACUGCAGGUGUUAUUACACACUGCAGGUGUUAUUACACAAUGCAGGUGUUAUUACACAAUGCAGGUGUUAUUGCAGGUGUUAUUACACACUGCAGGUGUUAUUACACACUGCAGGUGUUAUUACACAAUGCAGGUGUUAUUACACAAUGCAGCAGGUGUUAUUACACAAUGUUAGGGUCCUGGCUCGUCUGUUUCACAUCGACGGGAAGCUUUACCCUCAGCUAGCUCAUGCUAAUGAAACACUAGCGUUAGCUGCUAGCUCCCUGCACCAACAUGGUCUGAGAGGACGCACGCACAGUGGUGCAAAACCUAAGUGUGUUUAAGCUGCACGAUCUUUUUCUAUAAGUGGUUAAGGAAACUAAAACAAGGAGCCUUGUGUGUCAGACAGGACAUAUAUACAUUUUAAAUUGUUUUAUUUAUGCUUUUACGGGUUUUGCGAUGCCUUCAUGUUCCGGGGCUGCAGUGAGUUGUGUCGGCUGUGAAUAGCUGUAGAUCUGGGGUGUCGUGUAUCAACAAAGAGACCCCUGAACGUGAGAUGGUGAGACGUUAGCGAGCAGGUUUGCGGCCGAUGGGAUGCUGUGCGAACAGACGCUCACUUCCUGUCUCAGUCGUUUAUAACCUGAAACUAGAACGGGCUUUAAGGAGGACUUCCUGUGACUGUUCUGCAGAGAGAAGACUGAGCCUCUGAAAACCUUUUCACCGUUUGUGGCUUUUCAUGUUUGUACUUUCCAAUGUGUUGCAUGUGGUUUGUGUCUGGGCAGUGCAUGUGACAUUUUAAACAUUUGCGCACAAAAGCAAUUCAUUUUGUCGUGAAAUGUUGAUUUUUAUUCGUGCCAAUACAUUUUAUUCGUGCAAAAUCUCAUCCUUGCUCAGUUUGCUCAGUGUGACUCCAGUUUCCUGCACGCUUAAUGUGCGAUGCGUUGUCUGUGGCCGUGCGCUCCUACUCUCCAAACACAAUGCAAAUAUAAAAACUAUAAAUAAACAAUGCAGUGUAUAAAGAACAGGGGUUUCCUUUAACACAAUUGUGAUUUAAAGUUUUUAGUGUGUUAAAGUGAGACAAAGGUUAAAGAAUAGGUGCACAUUUUUAAGAGUGAAAUGCUUUUAUCAGAGGGCUGUUUAAAGCACUCAUCCAGGUGCAUGGGGGGGUGGGGGGGGGGGGGGGGCUCAACAGUUCAGGUGUGCUUCAGAAAUCAUACAGGUGUUAAAACUCUAUAUUAUCCUGCUACUAAACGUGUAAAUACUAAACCUCAUAAUCCCAAAUCACACGGAGGAAUCCCAUUGGACUACCUGAUGCUGCCUUCAGGGACCAGCACAGAAACACAAUCAAAUGUAAUAUAUGUUAAAGCAUAAAGUGACACUCGUCCAAUCGGCUCUCAGAGAUCAGACACAUAUAUGUUUGCAUGAGAAUGACAGGAUGUGAAAGUCUCCGUGAGGUUUUAAACACCAGAGUCGUUCCUGUGUGGAAGUCCCCUGCUGUCUCUACCUGUGUGUGUGUGUGUGUGUGUGUGUGUGUGUGUGUGUGUGUGUGUGUGUGUGUGUGUGUGUGUGUGUGU